GGGAGGGGGGAGGGGGGGACCUGCUGCAGCAGAUGCUAGAGAGGAGGCAUGCUCCGUACCCCAACCUGUACCCCGACCAGUCCCCCAGUGAGGAGUGGAGCAUGGAGGAGCGCUUCAGACCGCUCACCUUCCACGGCCUCAUCCUGCGCUCCCAGCUGGUCACCCUGCUCAUCAGGGGUCUGCUACACCGAGAAUCAGUCGAGCGCCACUCAGCCCAGGUUGUCCUAUGCAGAGAUGACUGAAGAUUACCCACGUUACCCGGAUAUCCAUGACUUGGACCUCGCCCUGCUCAACCCCCGCAUGAUAGUGGAUGUCACCCCCUACAUGAACCCGAGCCCCUACACGGUGUCACCCAACACCCACAUCUCCCAGGUGUUCAACCUAUUCAGGACGAUGGGCCUGCGACACCUGCCAGUGGUGAACGCUGUUGGAGAAAUUGUUGGAAUAAUCACACGACAUAAUUUAACCCACGAGUUCCUUGUGGCCAAACUGCGACAGCACAGCAUCAGUGUUUGAGGCUGGACGUCCUGCUGUCCUCCCGACACAGACUCUGUCCUGCUGUCCAUCCGACACAGACUCUGUCCGGCUGUCCUCCCGACACAGACUCUGUCCUGCUGUCCAUUCAACACAGACUCUGUCCUGCUGUCCAUUCCUCCAGCAGGACACGCCUCAGUGCUGCUAUAGUAACCCUCCUCCAGCCUGCCUCCCGUCUAACGGCCUGACACAUGAACCAGGUGUACUGUCA